AUGCGGAACGUGAGCAGCGCAGAUCUUGGUCUGAAAGAAGGAAGCUGCGCAUUGGGCGACGUAGUAUAUAUGCCGGGUGAUGAGUUCCCGGGUUCAACUCCAUGCGAGACAUGCAUGUGUGCGGCCGGCGAUGUAAAAUGUUCCCGACAGGUCUGCGAGCCUCGACCAGGAUGUAAAGCUCUCCACCGACCAGACCACUGCUGUCCUACAUAUCAGUGCGAAUGCGAGCAAGAAGGUCGAGUAUAUGGUAAUGGUGAAAAGCUGGUAGAUCCUGUGGACCCCUGUCGCGUGUGCUACUGCCAGGGUGGGGAAGUGGUGUGUCGCCGUAUUGCAUGCUUCGUACGCGACGAUUGCACACCUCGCCUUGUGCCAGGCCGCUGCUGUCCAGAGUACGACAACUGUCCUCUCAGAGGUGUCACGAGUUUACCCGGCUUAUCAUCACCGAUCCCCAGUGUCUCUGCAGCCGCAAAUGAUGCUCCCGCAGCGCCUCUUCGAGAGAACAUUAAACAGGAAAUCACCAUUAAGGAAAUUACUCCUGUAUCUGAGAUCCCUGUCAUCACCGAGGUGAAGAUUAAGGAGAUUCUGCCUUCCCCCAGUAUUGAAGUAGCCGAAUAUUCCUCAUCUAAGUCUCCACUUAUACCACGAGAAGCAACCUCUGAAAAGAGCGAUAAAGAAAUUGAUUCAAAGACUGAUUCACCUUCGGUGGUAGAAGUUCACUUCUCCUCACCUGCAUCAGCACCAGAAUCUACUCUAUUUAGCGGUAUUGAAAACAAGAAUGAAAACGCACCGCCAUCCAAAAUAAGUUUAUCAACUCAAGAUUCCAUGUAUCCGUCCAAAGUACCAAUAGUAGCAUCGAUGGGAGUUCCUCCUGUAACUUCGGAGCCCAUACCUGUUACCACUACAAAAGCACCAAUUAUCGAAGAAGAAGACACAUUUGAUCACAAUCCGGCAUUCCCCCCACUUCCCGAUGAUUUAGCUGUUUUAAGAAACCAUGAGGAUGAAAUUGUACCGGAGCUCGUUGUAGACAAUGAGCAUGUGUCGAUCCAUGAUACACUAAUAGCUAGUGCAUCGCCAUUGUCGGAAGCGGAAAUGAAAGACCUGGAACCACACCAACCGAUGACCUCUACUACAAAAGAUCUACUUGAUACGACCAUUACGACUAAACCAGAGACACCUAGAACAAGUCCAGAAAUAACUACUUUACAGUCUGAACUUAGAAUAAGCACCGAAGGUGUUAACUUUAAAGAAAGUCCUUUGCUUAACCUCAGGUCAGCUAUUCCUACAGAAAUACUGAAUGCACCAGCUACGGUACCAGAAAAAAAUAAAGAAAAACUAGACGAGACUACUACUGUAAGUGAAGGAAUAAUAUUGCCAAUAAUUACGACAACUGAAACACCAAAUAUAGUUCAAGACAUUUCUGAAAAACUUGAAACUUCCACGAAAAUUGAAGCAAGUACUACCGAAUCGCAUUCAACUCCUAAAGAAAUUCAGACAAUUGCUGAAGAAACAAAAAUUGAUCCUGAAGAAUUUAGAACGACUUCUGAAGAAGUAAAGACAACACCUGAAGGAAUAAAGAUAUCUUCGGAAGAAAUUAGCACAUCAGAAAUUAGCACAAUAAGUGAAAUUGUCACACCAGUCCCAAAACUUGACAGUACUACCGCAACAAGAGCAAUAUCUGAGAUGGAAGGAAGAGCCAAGGAAGAUGAACAAACGACUAGCUCCAUUGCAAAGUCUAAUAUCGCCACCGAAGUUACAUCACAGACCGAACUCAGCUCACUUCCAAUCGAGACUAGCGACCAAAAUCCACCUGAAGAAUCGGAACAAACAACUAGCGAUAAAGAAGUUUCUUCUACAGCUAAUCCUCUUGAAAUGAUAUCUAAAAUACCAUCGACUAGUUCGGAAGUAAUUACUGUAUCUCGAGCAUCUUCGAAUGAGAACACCGGUUACGAAAAUGUUGAAACAACAGAAUUUAUAUUGACAUCAUUUGGCUCUUCAGAGACGGCGACUGAUGCUGUAGAAUUAAUAAAAAUCUCUGCCAGUCCUGAGAAGAGUGCAUCUAUAAUAGAAGCUAACAAUAAUAAAGAUAAUGUAUUGACGGAUCUUAUUAAUUUAGUUAGUGACGUAGCCGCUAUGAGCGACCAUACUGUUGAACCAGCAGCUAUUCAACAAACAACUACUACUGCUCGUAUUUCUGACUCCGAAGAACUGAUACCAGUCAACGCAGGCUACAAAAGCAAGAACAAAAACUUUAAUCAAAACUCUAUCACUGAAAUACCUCUUAAAAGUAAAAAUCCAAACACUCUGAACAAACAGAAGAUAAUGGAGAUUGAGGAUGACGAAUCAGAAAGUGUGACAGAUGCACCUGCACCUAACGACAAAAUAGAACCGACCACUCGCCGACCUAUCAUAGACAACGUAUCGGAUGACAUCAAUAUCGCCUUCAAUAAAAGCGCUAAGAAAGACAUCGAGAUAAUUACACAGUCGUAUGUACCAACUAUCAACCGGCGGCCUCCCAAAGUUGUCAUGAAGAAGAACGAUGAGAAAGUAGCGACUGAUGACUCGACUAGGAUGACGACAGAAACCACGUUGUAUACCAGCUUGUCUAAUGAGACCCCCCCUACGACAAGUGCCGAGUCUAGUGCGUCGGCUGAAAUGAGUUCACCGGUCGAACCGAGUAAUCCUGUCGAAUCGAGUGUUCCGAAUGUUGAAUCUGAGCAGAACGUGGAGCCACAAUCUCAGGACUUCAAUUUGAACAUGACGACCGACCGGACGGAAUCGACACAGUGA